CAAUUGAUAUGCAGACAACUGUGAAGCUUGUAGAUAACACUUAACAGUCCUGUACUUUCAGUUGUCCAACCGGUUGUCUGAGGACAAAGCAAAUGUCACUUUCCAAACUCUUUAUCAGUGUAGUUUUCUCUCAGUGGAUAUGGCUCCAUCACCAUAAAGCCGAACAAUGCUGGCUUGCAACGACCUAACCAAAGAAAGACCCCAACAACCAAACGCAAGAGUCUUUUCAACACGACUGAUAGUGUCAACAGCUGGAUGAGAUCUAUUGGAGAAAUCUUCUGGAACUAUUGGUGAUUCAAGCCUUCCUGUUGGACCAUGUUGUUGGACCAUCGCACAGAGAACUAAACAGGUACCUGUGCUGAGCAUGUGUUGGCACCGCUCCAAGUAGAACCAAGAGUGGCAGGCGCCUGCAUGGAAACAACCAACAUCAUUGGACACAACCCAGUCAGAGAAAUUAGACCCAAAUGAAAGUUCAUUCUAAUGCCUGGUUUCACCAAUUAAAAUAAACACAUUUGGAAUGGUUGGUGUCAUUUGCACACUGUCCUGACCAGUGACAGUUAGCCAAUGAGUGGUUAGGAAUUAUACCCUUCCCAAAAGCACAAUAACCAUUAAUUGCUGGAGUUAAGCAACUUGAUUACGAUGUUAGACUAGAAUUGGAAUGCAGAUUCUGUUCGGUUUGCUGAGCCACAUUUGUGACAUGCAUCUCCUACAGAAAUCUAAUUUAUAGAAUGUUACCUUGCUAAAUAAGGUGAAGCCCAUCAGAAAAAAUUAUUGUCUGUUUCCCGAUGUUAUUGUAGUGGAAUUGGAAGCACACAGCCAGAGCUCCCAAUUCUCCUCCCGUGCCUCCCAGGUGUGUACAGGUGAACAAUUAUUGCAAAGGAUGGAAAGGCCCAUCAAUGACUAUAGGUCUUGGUACAGUGCUUGUUAUUAACCAGUAGGGGUACCCCAUACUAGUGCCAACGGCGUUUAUACAAGCAGAAGUGUGAUACGGAUGUGGGUAACAACAUUUUGAUACGGAGUUCUGUAACUUUAUGCUUUCGUCGGGGAUGCAUACCAAGGAGGGUUAAUUGGAGCUAUGAACCCAGAGGAGCAGACGGUUACGUGGCUGAUAUCAUUAGGGGUGCUUAAUUCACCCAAGAAGAACAUCGCUGACCCAGAGGAAUUUCUGAAAACAUCUCUGAAAGAUGGGGUCGUCUUGUGCAAACUUAUCGAGCGGCUCGUGCCCGGCUCAGUUCCAAAGUACUGUCAGGAUCCGAGAAACGAAGCCGACUGCAUCGCCAAUAUCAAGGAGUUUUUGAGAGGAUGUACAUCCUUAAAAGUAGAGGGAUUUGAACCAGAGGGCCUGUACACUGGGGAGAACUUUAACAAAGUGCUGACCACUCUGCUGGGAGUCAACUUUGCCACCCAAGACUGUGGCACUGAGAGGUCAUGUCCCCAGUCCGGCACAGCCGCUCCUAGUCAGUCCACCUCCUCCAACACACUAUCGUCAUCCAGGUCCAAGUCCCUGCGCAGACAAUCUAAACCAGUGGAGAUGUCGGAGAACGGCGGGGGCGGGCUGCUGCUGGUGAAGGCACGCUUCCAAUUCAAGCAGAACAACGAGGAUGAGCUGUCCUUCAACAAGGGAGACCUGAUCAGUGUGUCGCGCCAGGAGGAGGGCGGCUGGUGGGAGGGCUCGCUCAACGGCAAGACGGGGUGGUUCCCCAGCAACUAUGUCCGUGAGGUCAAGCCCUGCGAUAAGCCUGUGUCUCCUAAAGCAACUCAACUUACCAAGAACUACUACAGUGUGGUGGUUCAAGACAUCCAGGAGCAUGAGAGGGAGUUUGUCAAGGAGCUGCAGACAGUGUUGAGCUGUUACCUACGACCCCUACUGGCCAGCGACAAGCUGAGCAGUACAGACAGUGGCAUUCUGGGUGCUAACCUGGAGGAGAUCCUCACCUUCCAGCAGGGCCUGGUUUUGGCUCUGGAGGAGUGCACCAAGGUUCCAGAGAGCCAGCAGCGAGUGGCUGCCUGCUACCUGAACCUGAUUGGUCAGAUCAGGAUGCUGUACCUGUCCUACUGCUCCAGUCACCCCUCUGCUGUCUGCGUACUCACUGACCACAGUGAGGAGCUGGGUAUGUUCAUGGAGAGCCAGGGGGCCAGUACGCCGGGCAUCCUGACCCUGACCACCAGCUUGAGUAAACCCUUCAUGAGGCUGGACAAGUACCCCAUCCUGCUGCAGGAGCUGGAGAGACACGUGGAGGAGGCCCACCCGGACUACAGUGACAUCUUGAAGGCGACAGUGGCCUUUAAGAGCUUGGUGACCCAGUGUCAGGACCUGUGGAAGCGUAAGAACCUGGAACUACAGAUCCUGUCAGAGCCAGUGAGAGGCUGGGAGGGAGAUGGGAUGAAGUCUCUGGGUCACGUGGCCUACAUGUCCCAAGUGCACAUGCAGAACGGGACCAAUGAGGAGAAAGAGGAGCGCUACCUCAUGAUGUUUCCCAGUGUGCUGGUCAUGCUGUCUGCUAGUCCGCGGAUGAGUGGCUUCAUAUACCAGGGAAGGCUGCCACUGACGGGCUCCACAGUCUCCAGACAGACAGAGGACACAGAGAACGGCCACUACGCCUUUGAGAUCACAGGGAGCAUGAUGGAUCGUGUCACAGUGUUCUGCAGUAACCCCCAGGAACUGCAGGACUGGCUGGACCAUCUCAGUGCCUACACCAAAGGCGGAAGCCCCGUGGGCACCAUAAUCAAGAACGACGGGGGGAAACCGGUCAGUAUGGUGGGUACACCCACUCACCAGUCCCACCUGCCCAGCUUCAGCACCCCCAGCCAGGCCAACCGGGGACCCCUGGAGCCCCCCAAGACCACCAAGCCCUGGUCCCUGAGCUGCCUGCGUCCCGCCCCACCCCUCAAGCCCUCUGCUGCACUGGGCUACAAGGAGAGAAUUUCUUAUAUCUUGAAGGACUCCGGUAAAAGUCCGAGGCCCAUUAAGAAGUUCCUCCCGAAACGCAAAACAGAACGAAAACCUUCCGACGAUGAGUUCCUCCUGCGGAAAAGUACAGCUGCUCUGGAGGAGGAUGCACAGAUUCUGAAGGUGAUCGAGGCCUACUGCACAGGGGCCAGCCUUCAUCAGACCAACACAGCGGUGAGGAAAGAGUCUGUCCCUCAGGUCCUGCUGCUGGAGGAAGAGAAGAUGAUGGUGGAGGAGAUGAAGAACAACGGUCAGACAAUCAUAGAGGAAAAGAGUCUGGUUGAUGCGGUGUACGCUUUAAAGGAUGAGGUCCAUGAAUUAAAAAAGGAAAAUAAGUGGAUCAAGCAGUGUCUGGAGGACGAGCAGAAGUCUCGUAAAGAGCUGGAGAGAGUGGUCAGGAAACUGGCCAAGCAGAAGAACGACUGUGCCUGGGAGGAUGGAGACCACUGAACAACCCCACACACCUAUCUAUUUACCUAUCCUGCCUGUGUGUGUGUGUGUGUGUGUGUGUGUGUGUGUGUGUGUGUGUGUGUGCGCGCAAGUGAGCAGUGUGUGACGGUGUGCAAUGUGUCCAUGCUUCCAUCUCUACAACACAGAAGGGUUGGAUUCAUUUAUCUGGACUCUGGUUGGAACGACUCUGUUCUGAUGCUUGGCCUCACAUGCUGAACUCUUCAUUAUCUGUCUUCCUGAUCCAACCCUGUUGGAGGAUUUUAAAGUCAUAACCAUGGGUCUUACUCAAGCACCCUGAAAAGCUAACUGAGACCAAUAGGAGGGGAAAAACCAGAAGCGAAAAUUCUGAUUGGUUGCAUCUAAUCUACUGGCACUGUGAUUGGUCAACUCUGAUGGAACCAUUUUGGACAAAGGAGAAAUAACUAGUACUGCAGUGUCACCAGCUGCAUCGCCACUCGGGACUACUGUGUCUACAUUUCAACAGGAAAUCUAAUGGGAGCGAGAAGCCAUCUUUAGGUUCAAUGGGUGUUCUCUUGCAUGCACUUGUUUCAGCAGGAGAGCGACUCCCUCCGCCAUAACUAGGGCUCAUCUGUCCCACUACGUCUGUUACAGCAUUGUUUGUCGUUUUAUUGUUUAUUUUGGUGUUGAGGACGCCCCCAGCAGCCUUGUCGGGAAAGAGCGAAGCUUGCAUUGAGCUUUAGUGAACACGAUUGGCAUUUUGUGAUUGCACAUUCUAGACGUGAGACUCUGCGUCUCCAAGAUAUUUUGUAGGCUUUAGCUUUUCAUUUCAGAUAGGUGAGACCUUUCCAUGGACUAUCAAAACAGUAUUCUAGCUCAUGGUGAGUGGAUUUCAAAACUGCUCUAAGCUGGUAUUAAUAUUAUUGAAUAAGGUCCUUGACUGUGUACCUUACAAUCUGCAUGGAUGUACAGUGUUUCUAAGAUAUUAGUACGCAUUAGACAUGUGAUAAUCAAUAUAUAGUUAAAAGCUAUCAGGGAUAUACACUACCGGUCAAAAGUUUUCGAACACCUACUCAUUCAAGGGUUUUUCUUU